AUGGGAAGAAAGAAGAAAAUUAUCACAGCAUUAAGGAAAAAAUCUCUGCAAAUGAAAAAGAGUAAUUUCAAGAAAAAAUAUGAGAAAUUGAAGAAUAGAAUUACAAUCAAUGCUGAAAAAUUCGAUGAAAAUAGGCAGAUUGUUAAUCAUUCUGAUUUUUUCAAUAUAAAUUCAGGAAUAGAUUAUAAUGAAAACUGUCCAAUUUCUGCUUGUCCGUCAGUUUUAUCUCAUCUUACUUGUGAUGAGAAUGAGAAAGAGUUUGAUGAUGGCACUGAUCACAUCAAAAAUUGUUUAAGACAUGUAGCUUUAAAAUUUAAUAUGCAGAAAUCUUGUGUCACUAGUUUGUUGAAAGGAAUCGGAAAAGUUUAUCCCAAUUUACCAAAAGAUUACAGAUCACUACUUAAGACCCCAAGAAAAACAAAGACUAGAAAGAUUGUACAGGGAAAGUAUAUUCAUUUUGAUUUGUUAAGUACAUUAAAAGUUUUAUGUCCCCAAAGCUCUAAAGAAAACAUAGUGGUUUGUGAUUUUUUUGUGGAUGGUGUAUCAUUUUUCGCCGACACUCGAAAAAAAAGCUUUUGGGUAAUAUUGGGACGUUAUCAGGGGAAAAUUUUUCCAGUCGGGUUUUUCCAUGGGAAAAAGCAACCACAGGAUUUUAACGAUUUCCUAAAAGAUGUAGUGGGGGAUAUAAAUAAAUUGUCACAAGGUUUUUAUAUUGAAAAUAACUUAUAUUUCUUGAAAGUUGGCAAUUUUUGUGCUGAUACACCAGCUAAAGCACACAUAUGUCAUACAGCUCACGCUACUGGGUAUAAUUCAUGCAAGCAUUGUCAUAUUGAAGGUUACUAUAGCCACAGACGCAUGAUUUUUGAUGAAGUUGGUCACAGAAGAAGAACUAAUGAAGAAUUGUCAGCUCAAACUGAUGUUCAGCAUCAUAGAGGAAAAUCUAUUCUAGAAUCAGAACUAAAUCUCGAUAUGAUCAAUCAAUUCCCAGAUGAUGUACUUCAUAUUGUUUAUUUAGGCGUUUUUAAGAAAAUGUUGAAAAGAUUGUUUGGUCAAGAUAAGCCAGAAUUGCCCAGAAAAUGCAGAGAAGCAGUUUCGGAACGAAUGAAAACAUGCAAUCAAUUUAUUGUUUCCGAAAUACACAGAAAAUUGAGACCUUUAAAUGAAGUGGGAUCAUACCACGGGAAUGAAUGCAGAAAUAUUUUAUUAAAGUUGGGGCCAGCUCUAUUUUAUGGAUUGAUUCCUUAUGAAUACUAUAGGAACUUUUUGCUUCUUCAUGUCGGUAUUUCCAUUCUUUGUGACAAAGAACUUUGUUUGGUAGAAAAUGAAACUGCAAAUCUCAUACUUCUAAAGUUCAUUAAUGAUUCACUCAAUAUUUAUGGCAUUACUUUUGCUACGCUCACUACACAUUUACUAGAACAUCUCUCUGAAACAGUUUUAGAUCAGAAAAUGCCAUUAGAUGCAUUUAGCUGCUUUCCUUUUGAGUCAUACUUGUAUGAUAUCAAAAGAUGCAUUCACAAAAAAGGAAAAGUUAUACAGCAAAUUCAUCGGCGCGUCAUUGAAAAAUUUUCUUACGAUGUAGAUAAUGGUGCCUGUGUCUCACACGCAAGCGAAAUUAAGUAUAUUAUACGCAAAAAUGAAUAUAGAUCUGUUUUUUUGGAUGGGAAAAAGUUUUCAACUGAAGGAUGUCGCGAUAGAUUUAUUUUAGAUAGGAAUAAUAAAAUAUUUGUAAUAAUGAAAAUUUUCAAGGAUGAUAGUAAAUAUCCACUUUUUUAUUGUCGACAAUUGGGAGCUCUAGAAAAUUUGUAUGUAAAACCGAUUGAAUCUUCUGUCCUUGAUAUCUAUAAAUGUCAAACAAAGUACUGUACUUUUAAGCUUUACAAAAUUCCGUAUAAUGCCGUUAAAUAUAAGAUGCAAGGAAUUCCGUUUGAUGAAUUUUCAAUGUUUGCUGUAGUGUCUGGAACUUUGGACGAUGAAGUAUUUGUCGUUCCAAAAUCAUGGAUUUUCGAAGAUGACAUUAAAGGCAUAUGUACUUUCUACCCAGAAAAAGGGAAAGUCAAAAAUUUGGUAAUGACUUCUGUCGAACCUGAGAAUGACUGGAAAGUCAUUGCAGUAUCGUUGCUAAAGGAUAAUAUAGCUUCAUAUCAAUUAGCACACGCUUCAAUGCUUACUCGAACAUUAUACAGUAACACAGCGUCAGAAAAUGAAGCAAAAACGAAAGCUAAUCGUCAUAAGAAUGCUGUUAAGCGAUACUCUUCUGAUGAAUACGAUUUCAAUUCUUUUCUGAGCAAGAAACAAAGACCAAGUAAAGCUGUGACAGAGAUCUCCAAAGACGUGAAGCCCAAAAAGGUUAAAAGCAUUCAGAAACCGAAAUUAUUUGUACCAAAAAUGGAUGCUAAAUCAUCUUCAAACGCUGCUUCUCUGCCAUCAUCCAUACUACCAAAAAAGUCUUCAAAGCCAAUCGUUGCAUCCUCAAAUGAGGACAUGUUUGCAACACAACAAUCGGACGAUUAUAACUCACAAGAAUACAGGCAAUCUUCUUCACCGAAAAAUCAUCUAUCGAACAAAUAUGGUGAAAGUUCCAAAGGUUUCACUUUAAGAUUGUCUCCACAUCAUUCUAACGUUAACAUUUCUCAGAUCGAAAAAGAUCAAGAGGUUGAUCUUCCCGGUAUGAAUAAAGAUCAGUUCUUAAUUUUAAAUCAAAAAUUGGAUGAUCUAACAGCAGUCGUCAUGAAUCUUAAUUCUAAAUUUUGUAAAAUGACUGCAUCAGCAAAUGUUGACGAUGAAUUUAGUCCUGAACAAAUUAAAUCCAUCAAAGAACUAAAUGAACGUGAAAAUCUCUUACUGAAAUCACCAAAAGAUGAAGAUGCAAAAAUUCUGAAAAAUAACUUGAUAGGAUACUAUUACACUAAAAUAAGAAAUCGAAGCUCUCGUGGCGAAGAUAAAUAUGGAUUGAUGGCAUCCUUAUGCAAUUUGUAUUUUGAUAAAACUUUAAUUCCAAAAUUAGGCUGGUCGACGUAUGACAAUCGAUUCGUCAUCAAAAAUUUUGAUGGGCAUUUCCAGCUUUUCUUUGCAAUAGUGAAUAAAAAUUCACCAAAUAUAUACACGAAUGUAUCUGAAGCUGCUGAACAGGUUCAGGAGUAUCUUCGACGAUUCCACGAAACUGUAAAUAAGGCUGCUCGUGAGUUGCGUCGUGCUCAAGAAAGUAAUUAUUAAUUAUACCUUUUGUUCUGCACAAAAAAUUUAAUUCUCUUCUCCCUUUACAAAAAGAUUAAAUAUACAAACCAAAUGCGAAAAGAAGUCGAGACAUUCACAAUAAUUGUAACGAAGAUCACAGAAAACGAAUAAAAAAUAGCUUUCUUUUAUUUUAACAAAAA